AUGGGUAAUGGAAAUAACGUGACUGAAUUUAUCCUAUUGGGGCUCACGGAGAAUCCAGAGAUGCAGAAAAUUAUUUUUGUUGUGUUUUCCAUUAUAUAUGUUAUAACAAUGGUGGGUAAUAUACUCAUUGUCAUUACUAUUGUCAUCAACCCUAGUUUGGAUUCCCCCAUGUACUUUUUUCUUGCUUAUCUGUCCUUUAUAGAUGCUUGUUAUUCAUCUGUUAACACACCUAAAUUAAUUAUAGACUCACUCUAUGAAAAGAAAACCAUUUUCUUCAAUGGUUGUAUGAUACAAGUGUUUGGAGAACAUUUCUUUGGAGGGGCUGAGGUCAUCCUGCUCACAGUAAUGGCCUAUGACUGGUAUGUGGCAAUAUGCAAGCCCCUGCACUAUAUGAGCAUCAUGAAUUGGCGAUUACGUAGCCUCUUGAUGGGUGUGGUGUGGAUAGGAGGCUUACUUCAUGCAACUAUACAGAUGCUGUUCCUGGUCCAAUUACCCUUCUGUGGUCCCAAUGUCAUAGAUCACUUUAUGUGUGACUUAAAUCCUUUGUUGAACCUUGCCUGCACUGACACUCACAUCCUUGGAUUAUUUGUUGUAGCCAACAGUGGUUUCAUCUGUUUUUUAAACUUCCUCCUCUUAAUGAUCUCCUAUGCUGUCAUCCUGAGUUCUCUGAAGGCUCACAGUUUGGAGGGUAGACGCAAAGCCCUCUCCACCUGUGGCUCCCAUAUUACUGUAGUUGUCUUAUUCUUUGUUCCAUGCAUUUUUAUCUAUCUGAGGCCUGCAACAACCUUUCCUGUUGAUAAAGCUGUUGCCGUUUUUUAUACUAUGAUCACUCCCAUGUUAAACCCUUUAAUCUACACACUAAGAAAUGCUCAAAUGAAAAAUGCCAUCAAGAAAUUAUUCAGCCAAAAGGAGAUUGUGGAUGCCCAGUAA